AUGCCCGAAUACCUCGUCAGACUCGUGCAGGUACACGAGAGCUUUCGGAAAGCAGAGCUCCAAGCUUUGGCUGAUGUGGCGGGAGUCGGAAUUGAGUUUGUAAAGUACAAUCAAGAUUCUCCAUUCUGCAUCGUCCGUCUUCCCUCCGACUCAGCAGCGGAAGCUGUCAUUUCCCGAAGCCUACUCUCUCAGGGCAUCUACGAGCUUUGGGGUCAGGGUCCUACCUAUGAAGCACUUCAUACCUCCAUUCAGGAACUUUCGUCUUCCAAGUGGCUAAAGUAUGAAUCAACGCCUUUCCGCUUCACCCUCGACGGUUUCCGCGGUACAAGAACGCAGACAGAACAGCAGGCGAUCAUCGAGUCUUUCUCUUACCUUGGAUUCAAUGGCCCAAUCCGGAUGCGGGAUCCCGACGUCUCGUUUAGAGUAUUCGAGGACUACGAAGACAAGGCACUGGAGCCGAAGCACCUGUACCUGGGCCGCUUCGUCGCAGCUUCUGGACGAGACGCUAAGACCGCCUUUGAUCUUAAGAAGAGGCACUAUAUCAGCACUACUUCCAUGGAUGCAGAGCUUGCUCUUCUGACCGCCAAUAUCGCUCUCGCGGCUACUGGGAAGCUGUUCUACGAUCCCUUCAUGGGAACGGGCGGAUUUCCGGUCGCUUGCGCUCAUUUCGGAGCCGUUGUAUUUGGCAGUGAUAUUGAUGGUAGAAGUAUUCGAGGUACUGGCGGGAGCGCCAGAAAAGGGCAAGUAGGGAAGAAAGACGUUGGAGGCAACUUCAAGCAGUAUGACCUCGAGUCAAGAUACCUUGGGGGCUUUGUCUCGGACUUGACGAAUACGCCUUUGAGGUUAUUACAACACAGUAACGAUUCUACCAAUGGUGGCUAUCUUGACGGCAUUGUAUGCGACCCUCCCUAUGGAAUCCGCGAAGGACUAAAAGUCCUUGGACCGCGCGAGAAGCUGAACGUGACGGAACGAGCAACGCAUCUGGAUCGAUUUAAAGAACCAACAUAUAUUCCUCCGAAACGGCCGUACUCCUUCACUGCUAUACUCGACGAUAUCCUGGCCUUCGCUGUGGCGACACUAGUUGAGAACGGCAGGCUCAGCAUGUGGAUGCCUACCGCAAAUGACGAAGACGUCGAGCUGGUGAUACCAACCCAUCCAUGCCUUGAGAUUGUUUCGAUCUGCGUGCAACCUUUCAAUAAGUGGUCGAGAAGACUACUCACGUACCGGAGAUUGCCUGAGUCAGAGGUAUCUCCGAACGCGCCCGAGAUGGCCAAGAAAGAGUACGAGAAGGGGGUGAAGGCAGAUGAAUUGAACGACUUCCGCCGAAAAUACUUUGAAGGAUUCAAAGAAUUUGAGCGGCUGAGGCAGGAACCCACUCCGAGCGAAGAGGACAUGAUGGACAGCAAAGGUAUUAGCGGGAAGUGGAGAAAGGCCUAG